AUAAUGAAUUGAAUGGAAAAUAUUGUAGACUAUUGUUGUUAUUAUUAUUAUAUCAAUGACACGACACGCGCGUAACAACACUGCGGGUGCAGUCUAUUCAUACCAUGAAAGACAAAGAGAUACCAAAACAUCCGGUUAUGGCACUCAAAGACUACGAUUAGCCAAAGACUCCAUCAAAGACUUCGAUGCCUGUAAUCUAACUCUUCAGCCGUGCAGACAUCCAGUCCUUACACCGGAAGGAUAUCUGUACGACAAGGAAUCAAUUCUUGAGUUUAUCAUUCAUCAGAAGAGAGAAAAUGCCAGAAAAAUGAAAGAAUACGAAAAACAGAAGAAAUUGGAGGAAAAGGAGAUCAUUGAUAAAGCAAAUGAAGAGAUAAUGAUUAAGACAGAAAGGUUUGAAAAGAUGGAAACCAAUAUUAUUAGUAAGAUUGCAUCAAAAGCUUCGACAUCUUCAGCUACCAGUACGACAAACAUUAAUACAUCAACAGUGGGCUCCGGGAUCUCCAACAUGUGCAGUGGUCGCGACAAACAAUUGCCCAGUUUUUGGGUGCCAGCGAUGACACCGCAAUCAUCUAAAACAAAAAUUAAAAAGCCAGAGACAAGUGUAUACUGUCCUAUGAGUGGUAAACCUCUUAAGGCUAACCAACUCAUUGAAGUUCAUUUCACGCCAACAAAUGAUACAAAAGGCAAAUAUAAGUGUGCCGUAACUCAUGAUCUUCUAAGCAAUUCAGUUCCGUGCGCUGUAUUGACCACUUCUGGAGCCGUAGUAACGAUGGAAUGUGUCGACAAACUUAUUAAAAAAGACUAUUUGGAUCCGAUUAAUGGAAAAUCACUCAAAGAUAAGGAUAUUAUACCAUUGCAAAGGGGAGGAACUGGUUAUGCGGCUGCAAAUGAUUUGGAAGCUCAGGUCAAGAGACCAGUUAUGAUGGCUUGAAAUUUCAUUAUUAGUUUGUUUUUAUAUUAUUUUAUUAAAAAAUGAAUUCAUUAAACAAUAAAUAAAUCAUUUGGCAAUUGUAUUAACACAU